AUGCCAGCAACCUCUCAGCCGGACUCUAUGUUUAGCGGUUCACGCAACGGCCUCCGUCAGGAUUGUGUUUUGGGUUUGUUUGAUGUCAUUGUUUAUAAAGUUCUAAUGUCUGCUGCCACUAGUUCGGUAUCGGCCCAACCUGUAGAUCCAUCAAACAAUUUGAAUGGUCUGUCUGUGGGACAACAGCAGCAACAAUCGCCAGCUGAUGCCACGGUCGAGGAGAGUUGGAAGAGCGCUGCCUCCACCGCCGCGAAUUCCUCUGCGGAGGGAGGUGGUGGAGCGGAGAAGCGCUUGGCCAGUGAUAGCACAGGGCCUACUACCGCCGCCCCACCACCAGCUAAGCGCGCCUGGCGCGACCAGCCUCACGUAGGCAAGUACAAACUUAUCCGCACCCUCGGAAGUGGCAAUUUCGCUAAGGUCAAACUCGCCCAGCACAUAACCACCAAGAAAGAGGUUGCUGUUAAGGUGAUCGACAAGGGGAAACUCAAUCAUGCGAGUUUAAACAAGCUUUUUCGCGAGGUGAAUGUGAUGAAGCAACUUAAUCAUCCCAACAUCGUGAAGCUCUAUGAGGUGAUUGAAUCUGAUCGUCACGUCUAUCUGGUAAUGGAAUUCGCCGCAAAUGGUGAGCUCUUUGAAUACCUCGUGUCCAAUGGUCGGAUGCGUGAGAAGGAUGCUCGCAUCAAGUUCCGUCAGAUUGUCUCUGCGGUACAGUACUGCCACCAAAAAAAUAUCGUCCACCGUGAUCUCAAGGCAGAGAAUCUACUCCUGGAUGCCGAUUACAACAUCAAAUUGGCCGACUUCGGUUUCUCCAAUACAUUCCGCGCGGAUAAGAAAUUGGACACAUUCUGUGGGUCGCCACCGUACGCAGCGCCCGAGUUGUUCCUUGGCAAGAAGUAUAUCGGUCCUGAGGUGGAUGUUUGGUCACUGGGCGUCAUUCUCUACACCAUUGUUGCCGGGUACCUUCCCUUUGAUGCACAGAACUUGCGGGAUCUUCGUGAACGUGUUCUCCGUGGCAAAUAUCGCAUCCCCUUUUUCAUGUCCACCGAUUGCGAGAUGCUGCUGAAGCGCAUGCUUGUCCUUAACCCAGAGAAAAGGUAUUCACUCUUAUCUGUCAUGGAGGACAAAUGGACGAAUAUCAACAUGGAAGACAAUAUUCUCCGACCCUACCAAGAACCACCGCCUGACUUCAAAGAUCCUAUUAGACUUGCCAAGAUGGUCGAGAUGGGCUUCACGCUGGAGGAGGUUAAGGACUCUCUGGAGAAUAAUAAAUUCAACAACGUGACAGCUACCUACUUCCUCUUAGGGACGGAUCGCUCCACCUCCUCUAACUCAUCCCUCUGUCCCCAAUUACCCUCUUCCGUCAGCAUUUCCAACCGCCCCGCCGCCUUCACCACUACCGAUGACGGCUCCGCAUCUGUGUCCACCUCCGAUCCCGCCAAGUCCGUGUCUACACCCAAAGGAUCUGCCGCCGUUGGCACCACACCUGCUGCUGUUGCUGAUGGCGGUUCUGCCUUGACCACCCUCGAAGAUUCAGAAAGAGUUCCUCUUCUACGCGUGCAAACGGAUCUACUAACUCCACCGUUCCCGCUGCAGAGUCUACCUCCGAUUCUACCUCGUCUGCCAGCGGAAAGCAGAAAUCCGCUUGGGCACAAAAACGCGGAUUCAAUUUUCUCUCUCAGGGAGACUGUUUCCGUUGAAUCGACGACUGUCACCAGUGGCGUAAGACCUGAUAAGCCAAAGGUGGCUAUUCCAACUACUCACUUUGAUACUCCCAAGUCAUCCGAGGCCCCAAGGGACUCUCCCACUAAUCGACCUCCGUCGAAGCCGUCUGGCGGCAUUGGCAGUGGUAGUGGUGUUCGGAGAACGCGAACCUUCACGUCCACGGAUAAACGCCGCAACACAGUUGCUGUCGGAGGCCCUGGUGGUGCUGAGGGUGACUCUGAUGUCGCAAAGGCUCUUAUUCGCGUCCCCAAUAUGGACAACAUCGUCGACCAAGUGGGUGCUAAAUCAGGGGGAGAGCGGGACGCAUCGGACCGAGAGCUGGAUGUCGACGGUUUGGGGGUUCACUCCUCGGCUAGUGGACGCUGUGCUGCUAGUGGUUCGAGUGAUCUCCGGCUGGGAAAGACCCUGAAACAGGCCACCACUAUGCCUAGUCCUACUUCCCCCCGUGGCUGCGCCGACGAUAGCGAAUGCAGCACCCUCAAACGCCAGGACUCGAGCAUGUCACGGAAGCAUCAACGCAACAAGUCGCGUCCGGCAAUCCACUUUGAGGCAGCGGAUGAGGUGCUUUCCGCCGAUCAUCCUUCACACGCAGUUGCCAAAGUCGAGCCCAACACAGUACCCACCUUCAUGCGGGGCGCACCAGACCGCAGUACCGCCCCGGCAGCUCGCAUCGUCCGCCACGCCACCAACACUGCAGUGGAGCACUCGCAGCGAUUCAGGCCCCCCGUCACCUCCUCUUCACCUCUGACGCACUCCUCCCAGCAACAGCGGCAGGCGGAAGUGAUAGAGUCGCCGGUGCGGGUGACCACCAAACCCACUGAGUACCACCACUCUUCAUCGUUCCUCCGCAGUGUCUCCUCGCGGCUGAGCAAGAGCUCCAGAACCACACCGACACGUGGGGCCUCCAUACAGGCAGCAGUGGAGCGAGGGGAGGCAGGCAAGCAGGGUGACAGUUUGAUGGCCACCGACUCGCCGAUUCCUGCGCACCACCGCGCCUUCUCUUCCGAGCGGAAACAUGCUGUCAUCACCACUGAUGAUCCUUGGAGUUCUAUGUUGCCUGAGAAGGGUCAUUCAGAAGGAGAGGCGCUGGUGGCAAGCAUUAGCAACAGCCUGGAGCCGCUGCUGCCGGCCUGCUUCGAUAAGAAGCCUCGCAAUAUCUCCGUCUUCUCGGGCACCUGGCGGAAGGCCUCCUCCUCUUCUACGUCCGCCACCAUCUUCGGCUCCAACCCUGACCGGUUGAUGAGUCAGCUCAUCAGCGCUCUCAACACCGCUCGCAUUCACUUUGCCCGACCCGGCAAAUAUCGUCUGCAGUUCGUCUUCUCGCCACUGCCACCUGUCCCCUCCGCUAAUGCCAAUGCCGUCACCUCCACUGCGGCCUCGCCGAUGGCGGGAUUCGCGUCGAAGGUGCGCCAUCGAGUGCGCGUGGUAGUGGAGGUGUGCCACGUCUUUGGCACAAACUCCUAUGUGACACGCUUCAAGCACCUCUCUCCCUCUAACUGCCCUGCGGCCGCCACAGAGGACUUCAAGGCGGUCACCCAGGGCCUCAUCCACUUGGUCCGGACCUCCAUGUCCACACUCUCCUCCUCCGCUGCCGCUGCCUCCUCUUCAUAG